AUGCAAGCUAACCACCCAAGUGACCCGAGAAGCAAUGUUUCUAAAUUUACUGGCUACGAUCCUGAAAAAUACACAGUGACCGAUGUAUCCCUUACUGUGCGCACCGAUGAAGGUUUGACUCCCGGCAGGCCGCCAUGUUUGACACAACAAACUAUCGGAAAAAUUUUACAACCUUUGACUAGAGAACUUUCCAUGAUACCGCCAGCACCGACGAUAGAUGAGUUGCCUGACAAAGUCAUCGACCAAAUGGUACUCAAAGAUAAAGCCUUCUGGGUGGACAAACCUGGUUCCAACGCCUAUACUCUACAUGAUUCCUAUUACAACUAUGGCAUGACUACUGAAAUGGUGAAACCACCUCACCAAGAUGUGUUUCCACGUUCGUAUCAAUACGACUUAGACUGUGUACGUUACCGGCGUACUCAUGCAUGUGAUGGUCUGAAGGCAACCCCUGAUCAAAAUAAGAAACCUCCAAGUCCUCACUGUCGUGACUGCAGCAAGUUCAUGCAGCCUGGAUUGACACCUUUUCAGCUAGCUUGGGCCCAGGAUGCUGGUCAAAAGAGAUGGCGCUAUUACCCUGACCUGACCGCUUCACUUACCCCAGAAGAAAUUAGGAAGUCGAUGGACGAGUAUGUUUUAGAUAAGUCAUUUUCUGCACGAUUAACAACAAGAAUGCCUAGGUUUUGGAGAAGUAAACGUCUUGUGUCGUUAUGCAAAGAUCCACAACAGUCGUACGUGAGCUGGCUUUAG